AUGAAAAUAUUUAUAUUGAAUACUCUAAUAACUUUAUACACACUAUUAUACACCGGCACCUGUAUUAGUGCUAAUAAUAAUAAUAAUAGACAACUAUUUGCUACCCGACCAGUACUACGACCACCCAUUGGCGACAAUUAUGUCAAUACAUUACCGGAUAAUUGGUUUGACCAACGAGUGGAUCAUUUUAACACUAGCGAUAUCCGUACUUUCAAACAGCGAUAUUUUAUAAACUAUAAAUACUACAAAACGGGUGGACCGGUAUUUCUAAUGUUGGACGGGGAGUCAGAGGCCAGCGAUUUUUUUAUAACCCAGGGUGGUGUGGCCAAGUAUGCUGAAAAAUUUAACGCAAUGACCGUAGACCUCGAGCAUCGAUUCUAUGGUAAAUCGAUGCCUACGGAAGAUCUAUCCACCGAAAAUCUGAGAUACCUGUCCAUCAAACAGGCACUCAAAGAUACGGAACAGUUUAUCGAUUAUUUAAAUAAGAAACUAUCACUUAUUAAUACUAAAUGGAUAGUAUUUGGCGGAUCGUAUGCCGGAGCACUGGCCGCUUUGUUCCGGGAAAAAUACCCGCAUUCAGUAGCCGGUGCUGUGGCCAGUAGUGCAACAGUUAAUUCAAUAUACGAUUGUAAACAAUAUUUCGGUGUUGUUAGCCAAUCGUUGGGCUCGGAGUGCUCCAAACAGAUCAGUCUGGCUGUCCAUCAAUUAGAAGAUCAGAUGAAAUCCAUAAAAGGUUGGCAAACAAUUGGCAAACAAUUCAAUCUGUGUCAGCCAUUGGACGGUACAGAUCCGGGUUCCGUACAUCAGAUGCUCUAUUCGUUGGCCAUACCGUUUGCAGUGGCCGCACAAUAUAACGGUACAACUGAUCUGGGUAUCCGUCAGGUAUGCGCAGUGAUGACCAACUAUACUUCGAUGACACCGUUAGACAGAUAUGCAAAAGUACAGUCACUGUUCCUCAGAGGCCAGUGUCUGGAUUGUGAUUAUAAUAAGUACGUUAAAAGGAUGAAAAAUACGACAUCGGAUGUCCAAUCCAUGGCUCGACAAUGGAUCUAUACGACAUGUUCAGAGAUUGGCGAUUUUACCACUACUAGCCUACCCGGUAGUCCGUUUGGACAUAACCUAACUGUUGACGGUUUUGUCAAACAUUGUACCGAUAUUUAUGGCCCUGAAUUCACCGCCCAAUCCAUACAGCGGGCCGUCGACGAUCAUAAUGCCAACUAUGGCGGUGCCAAACCUAACCUAACAAAUGUGGUGUUUCCCAAUGGUUCACUGGAUCCGUGGUCAGUGCUAAGUGUAUUGCACGACCUGAACAACAGUACCCGAGCCGUGUUCAUUGAGGGUACAUCUCAUGGAUCGGAUAUGAUGGCCGAACAGCCAACUGAUCCCCGGGUGCUGAUUGAUGCGCGAAAAACUAUUGAAAAACAAUUGUCCAGUUAA